AUUACGACUCAUUAGGCGGCCGCACCAGUUUACCACAUAAUCAGAGGAAGGGGAAUUCGAGAGAGCGCGCGACACUCUGUGUCCAGUCUUUUGUGUUUUCGUUGGACGCCUGAGGGAACAGUAGAUUAGGAAAAAUUGCCUAGCCAUGACGGUCGCCCUCGCGCUGUGGAUCCUCUUUCAACUCGCCACCCUCGCUCAGGCCGAUUUUGGUGACGAGUGCCCCAACCUCAGCCCACAGAAAGGAAUUGAUCUGGACCAGCUCCAAGGCACCUGGUACGUAGUGCAAGCCGCAAUUCACCGCUACAACUGCACCCUGGCGGAUGGCGGAGAUCUUGGAUGCUCUGUAUUUUUUAUUGACCGGACCGAAAAAAACAAGUUGAUUUUGACUUGGAGACAGGAGCCACCUUUAGAAGAACUGCAGUUUGAAAUUACCGUGAUAGACGCGGAGUCUCCUGGUUUCUGGCACGCUCUUCAAUUAGAGAAUAGAAAUGGAUCGCAACCUGACGUAAUUCAGGUGAUGAAGGCCGUUGGAGACCACCUGGUGCUCUCGUUCUGCGACCGAGCCCACAACAUUUUCACAGCUAUUUUGGGCCGCAAGAAUCAUAUAAAAAAAAAGCAGAUCCAAGCAAUCAACGUGAUGCUGCAACGGCGGGGGCUGAGCAUCGUCAGUGCCAAAAUCAUGAGUCACUCAUUCUGCCACCGACACAAAUUGUGGCGACAGGGGGCACAGGGUCACAGGUCAAGUGCCACUUACGGCGCACUUCCCUCCUCGGCGUUUGCCUUGUUCACCGCGCUAAUUGCAAGUCGGGUCACAUAGAAUAAAUUUUGUGGAAAUCAUGCGGUCAUUUUGUACAAAUGUAAACUACUUGAUAUUCGCCUCGAAUGUACCAACAAUUUGCAUAGUGCGCAAUUUUGCAAAUUGCUUCUUGCUUGACCAAUGUCAUUAAUUGUAUUAUUAUAUCUCUAUAUUUCUUAGUGCGCACGUUUUAUAUUGCCAAGAUAUAUAUUUGUCAAAAUAACAUUUUUCCUGUGCGUAUAAAAUAAUUUCAAUCGUUUAAUUUCUACACAUA